GGGACUUUUUUUUUUUUUUGUGAACGGCAUCGUGUCCGUAUAAUGUUACCGCUGCAGACGCGCAGCUGGAUGUGAAUAUCGCGGAUUCAGCCGGUAGAGAGAGCGGAGGUGAACGCACCUUGCAUGCAGCCAUGGGAGGUCAGAUCACCAGGAAUACCUUCUACGAUUCUCUCAACAGGCCAUUUCCCGCCACAUCUCACCGAUGCCACCACAAGCCCAAGCGCUGCCUGCCCAUCCAGCCAUGUGGGAGUCUGUCCUCCUUCCCUCUGCUCUUCCACCCCAGCACCAAGGGCUCGCAGAUCGUCAUGGACAUAUCCCAACGCACCGUCAAGAGACAGGCCAGCUUCUGCAACGCCAUCACCUUCAGCAACAGACCAACCGCUGUGUAUGAGCAAGUUCGUCUGAAGAUCACCAAAAAGCAGUGCUGCUGGAGCGGUGCUCUGCGUCUUGGUUUUACAUCCAAAGACCCAUCGAGGAUCAAUCCAGACACCUUGCCGAAGUACGCCUGCCCUGACUUGGUCUCGCAGAGCGGCUUUUGGGCAAAAGCUCUACCAGAGGAGCUGUCCAAUGAGGGAAACAUCAUCUCCUUCUGGGUAGACAAGAAAGGCCGGGUGUUUUACCGAAUCAACGACUCAAGCCCAAUACUGUUCUUCAGCGGGGUGCAUGUCUCUGUUCCUCUGUGGGCUCUUAUAGACAUCUACGGCCUCACCAGGGGGGUCCAGCUGCUAGACAGCGAGAUGGUCCCUCUGGAUUGCCUGCGUCCUCGUUCUUUUGCUGCCGCCCACAGGGCCUACAUUCAGCGAAACAGCGAUGACCCUCGCCUUUCCAUCAGCCUGUGUGACCUGAGCCUACAGCAGCAAGACACACAUCUGGAAGAAGAUGAUGAGGAAGAGGAACGGCUACAUCGCUUAAGCUCCGCCUCCUGCCAUGUGCCCCAAAACUCUCAAAACUCCCAGCAGUGCUCGCUGUUGCCCAGCCACUUGGACACAGAUCUGCACUUCCACUCGGUGCAUGGCGUCCAUGUCACUGGGCUGGAUAAGCAUACGGUGGCGAGGCUGGAUCACCGUGGUGACGAGAGGACCCUGGUGUUCACCAAUCGGCCGAUGGGUUGUUCAGAGACGGUGUUUGUGAAGGUGAAGACAGGUGUAGCCCGGCCUGGGUGUCUCUCUUACGGCGUGACAUCCUGUGACCCAGCCACCCUGAGGCAAAGUGACCUCCCUUCAAACCCAGAGUCCCUGGUUGACCGCAAGGAGUUCUGGGCCGUGGGUCGGGUGGCGGUGCCUCUCCACAGUGGAGAUAUCCUGGGCUUUGUGGUGAACACAGAAGGAGAGGUCAUGAUGAGCCACAACGGUGUCAGCGCGGGGAUGCAGCUGUGUGUCGAUAACUCCAGACCACUCUGGAUGUUCUACGGUCUGCACGGCACCAUCACACAACUCAGGAUUUUAGGCUCAUCUCCACACCCAGACCUUCGAGGCCCGUCGGUCCCCAGCUCCCCAUCCUGUACACCCAACACCCCCACAAUGCUCAGCAGCGGCAACUCCGAGCCAAACCUCAACACACAAUUGAACAUCAAACUCAAUUCAAGCCUCAACUCCAGCUACUACUCAGCCUUUUCCUCCUCCACAGGUACAACUCCAAGCUCUCCAUUCUCCAGCCACCCAGAGUCUCCCACCUUCCCAUCAUGCUCAGGCUCGUGGAGCGACGAAUGCACCAUUUGCUACGAGAACGAGGUGGACACCGUACUCUACGCCUGCGGACACAUGUGUCUCUGCUACGCCUGUGGCAUCAAACUCAAGAAGAUGGCCAACGCAUGCUGCCCCAUCUGCAGGAGGACAAUCAAAGAUAUCAUCAAGACCUACCGGAGCACGUAGGCUAAGACUACAAGUCGCAUUGUCAGGUUCAAGAGGUUGUUUAAGCCAUGCAAGACUUUGUAAAGACAGAUGCAGCACAAGUGAAUGCCCCGCUUCUUUAGGUGUGCAAUCUGGCUCAGGUACUCUACAGCAGAACUCCUGCAAAAUCCAUCUUUAAAACAUUUUAUUUGUCAAAUGAAGAUCUUUGGAAAUCUCACAGCUCCCACUGUGAUCCAGCUAUGAAACUCAUCAUACAGUGACAAAAAGUAUGUGCAACUGCAGGAUCUGCAGAUAGGGCCAUGGCCUACUCAUGUCGAGUGAAUCUGUGCUUUGUGUGAUUUGUUGAAGUAAUCUGAAGAGGCAUCUGCCCUACUUUCUGCUGGUGAUUGCAUCACUGCUAGCUUAAAAAAAAGGUAGUAAAAUUGUCCACAGCAGCAGAAGAAACGAGAAGAAUAGAAAUGUAGUUCCACCAGCUGCUUGUCAGAAUGCAUUCGGUCAAAAAGUGUAAGAGUAAGAAUCAAUGCUCAUUUCAAAUCUGAGCAGUAUGUACAUUCAGACGUAAGUGGGGAAUGGGUAAAAAUUAAGAGUGUUUCCUUGUAAAAAACCUAGCAGUACAUCUAAAAUAAGCCAUUUCUUUAAUACUCAGAAUAUUCCCCUGCAAUAAAACACAAUGAAAUGCCUAGGCCUAAAGGGUAAAUAAAUUAAGUGUUAGUCAGAUAUCUCACUGCCUGCUGUGCUUCUGUGAAUUUCAGACAGGGCGAGAUUCUGCGAAGGGGAAAAAAAAGUGUGAAUGUUGUCACCAUAGAAGGUCAAGCUCACGGUGAAUGAAGAUGUAAAUCAGUGACGAGGGAGCGAGGUAGGAGAGAGGAUGUUGUAUGUUUGGGACGAAGACAGGGGAGGAAGGGCCACCUUUAGCUGUGUGUCUGCUCAUCGUUUCAGUGCAAAGAAAGUGUUUGCUCUCUCAGGCACAGCCUGACAUACAUCAGAGGUUUGUAUGAAAGCCUGUAAAAUGUGGGACUUGCAUGAGUUGCAUGUCCUGCUUCUUGGCGUUCUCAGUCAGCUAGCUAGAUGCUGCGGUGGGACAAAAGUCAUCCAAAUAAACCUUGGUGGGCAGGGAAGUAUUUUUAAAAUGCUGAACAAGCACAUACAGAUGACAAAACAAUCUCUUCAUCAUUGCAAGAAAGCCAUGAAAUCCCUCUGUAAAGUUACAGAUGGCUUUGCAUACUUCAGGUUACACACACUCCUUCAUAUGUAUAUUAAAUCAAAACAUAAAUAUUUUUCAGCAGUGACGCAUUUCAUUAAACCAAGUCAUUAAGUGAAAAAACACACACGACUGCAGUCAGUGACAAGGCUUGUUAUUGUAGCACGUUGUGAGGUUUGCAUAUCAGUGUCUCAGUGCUGCUCUUAGUCUGUAAAAGCAAACUCCAAGGACAAUUUCAUUCGCAUAACUUCAUGCAUUAUGUACCGCUUUGAAUUGUGAAGAAAUGCAAGCUAUGUUCAGGUGUCAUUUUGGUCUUGCUAAAACUUUACUCUUUUGGUAAGUAGUAGUAAGUGUCAUUACGUUUUUGUUUUUCAAGGUGUUGAAGCUUUAUUUUGCCGCUGUGGAGGGAAAUGUUCUGUUGUAUGACGUUUGAGUCAGUCAAGGUUUCUUGUGUGCCUUUAAAAAGAGAAGUCUGGACACAUUGGGUCUGCUAGACUCCUCCUUGUAAAAACAGGACGUUUAUAUUCAUCUUAAAGUCGCUCUUACAUGGUUGUAAUGUCUCUGAUGUGAGCAGGUUUCACCACAAAACAUACAAAACAAACAUUUCAGUGUGCUUAAUAUCAGUGUGUGAAUGUAUUCACUGCUAUGAAAUGUUGUAUUAUCGUUCCCUUUGUCACUGCAUCGCAUAAUACUGGAAUUUUGUUGUGCUUGAGAGAUACUCCUUUUACGUUUCUACCUGUUUUUGUUUUACUUCCUGACCAAAUAUGACCUAGCAGAAAUAAAACAUGUGUGAAACAUUUUUGAUAGAAAAAUAGCAUUGAUAAGUGUAAUAUUAACUGUACAUUAUGAGGUUUAUUUAUUUAGUCAACGCUACUAUAAAGAAAUGAUCACUGUUUGUUUUACAUGUAUAGCUACAGUAUACUGUCCAAAAAAUAAGAAAAUUGUUUAUUUGAGUGUUGCAUAGUUAAUUACAGAACACAUUAUGCUCCCUGAAAGGCUGUUUGGCAUUUUUGGGAAAUAUGUUUAUUAAUCGUCUGGUGAAGAAUACAAUCAUUGAGGCCACUUUCAACUGGUAUUAUGUACAUUUACUCACGUUAGGCACAAGUACCUGAAAGUUACUUGAGUAAUUCCAAAUACUUCUACUCCCAGAAGGAAAAUACUGUACAUUUUAUUUUUAGCUUAAACACAAAUGCCCUGUAAAAAUUAUAGCAAUAUCGUAUACUGUAAACUAUAACAAUAUACCUGACAGAAGUACUUUAUCUUUUGAUACAGAUGGGGAAUAGAUGGUUAACAAAUCAUUUAGCAGCUAAAGAGCCAGAUAUUCCCUCAAGUAUUGCUGGAGACCAAAAUCAGAGUCUGAAAAUGAAGCCUAUCAUCUUUUUAGCUGACUAUUUUCCAGAAAGCAGAUAAGCAAACUCUACAAGAUGUCAAGUGUUUCCUUGAAUGCCAUAUACAAAUGUGUGCUUUGAAAAAGGGAAAUAAAUUGUUUAAAGGUGGCAUUGGUCCUACUUGUGCAUAUUUCAAUGAUAUCUUGAAUUUGUGUUCUAAGUUAAGCAGGCGUAGUUCCAACACAAACAUCAUUUUCCCAGCCUGCUUGUCAAAUGUGACCAAAUUGUUUUAAGCCUAAAUAAAACAAAAACAGCAAGUAAGUGAAGGAAGACAUAGUGCAUGGUGGACAAGAUUAUCAGCUCAUAACUUUGGUUUCCUUGGCUUGGGAUUUAUAGUCGUUAGAAAAUGAUUUUUAAGGUGGUUUAAUCAUGUUCAGUUUGUUAAAUAAAGGUUUAAUUUGAA